AUGUCUGCAGAUAGAGAACCAGAGAGGGAAAACCAGUCCAAUGAUUCAGAUAAUUCUGACAUGGAGAAGAACAUGCCCAUAAACCCACCUGAAAACAAUUCCAAUUCUAAUGGCCCUUCACCGACAAGAGGGAAGGAGAAGUGUGUUAUUAGUAGUAGUGACGAAACUGAUGAUGAUACUGCUGAGAGAGAGAAGCGUAAGAAGAUAAACGAUUUAUUUGGUAGCCUUCAAGCUAUGCUUCCGCAUGUUCCUUCGCAGGCGGAUAAAAUAACAGUAGUGGAUGAAACAUUGAACUACAUAACAACAUUAGAGAAAACUUUGGAAAACCUGCAAAAGACGAAGAUGCAACGACUUCUUCGAUCGUCAGUCUCUAAUGUUGGGCAUCCCAGUGUGUGCUCUUCCAAGAAGUGGCGCCUUUUCACCACAAUCUGUUAUGUUCUGGAGAAGUACAAGAUUGAAGUUCUGUUUGCCCACAUUACAUGUGACAAUAAUGGUCGAAGGUUCUAUAUGUUUGAAGCACAAGUGAACAGAGAUUCGGAUCAGCUUCCUGGGGCAUUAUCAGCAGAGGAAACAUUCAAGCAAGCUGCUGAAGAAAUUAUUCUGUGUCUUGCCUUGUUAAUUUGA